AUGUGCGUGCCUUUGGCGAGCUUUUUGCAUGGAGUUUUCGAGCUUUCGAGCUUUCGGAUAACAGUUGGAGAUGAUUGGGAAGGAGCUCUCUUUGUCGAUAGUAUGGAGAAAAAGCUGCUGAAGAAGUACAUCAGUAUCAGUAAGCUCGGUGGACUGCAAAAGGACUUUACCGUUGAGGAUCCGUUUCCAGCGGCCUUGGAGUAG